ACACUCCCACACAGAAACACGCCCACACAGACACACGCCCACAGUGUGGCGUCUUGGUGUUUACAGGUUGACAUCCACCAAUCCUACACUGUGUCACUGCUGUAAACAGGUCAGUCUGUAGGUUACACUUCAGUCUAAAUGUAUACAUUUAUAAAAGUAACAGACAAACGCACCGUAUGGUAACGCUAACGGUGUUACUUUAUUUAAUGUGUUAGAGUAUUAGUUACUGUCAAAAGUAACACGUUACUGCACAACACUGCUUACUGUAUAAUACAACACAUGACAAUACAGUAAAGUUUCCCACAGUAUUAAUACAGUAACUGACUCAAGUUAUUACAGGUAAAUUAUUAUUCUACAAUAAAUAAAGACAAAUCCUUUGAAGAUUUUGCGAGUCCUCAUCCAGCAUGAACCGUGUCAGAACAUGAGCAGGUCACCAGGAGGAACAUAUAAGGGCUCCAGAGCAGCUUAGUGAUGUGAGCUACUGAACUGUCAGUAUUGUACUGGAUCAUCUGGAUCUGAGUGUGUGUGUGUUGUGUGUGUGUGUGUGUGUGUGUGUGUGUGUGUGUGUGUGUGUGUGUGUGUGUGUGUGUGUGUGUGUGUGAACAAGAAGAAAUGAAGGUAAACCAGCCUGAUGGUGAAAACACACCUCACAGACCUUUUGUGUCCAAAAUAACCCAAUUAACUGGAAUGUCAUGACAACCAAACACACUGGAAUGACUGUAAACUCAUUUUAAGAUGAAGGAGAAGAAAAGGUUUAUAGUUUAUGAGUUGUGGCUCUUUGUGACUGUCAGUUCACUGUUAAAAACAUCUCCUACAUCUCAUGCAGAAGAAAUCCCAUCUGUUUCAGCCUGACCUCCUGAUGUUACACUGUGUGGGAGGAGAAAGUGGAGAUCAGAGUGGAAGAAAAGCAGGGAGAAACUCAGAGAAGGAGAGAGAGAACAGAGAGAAGGAGAGAGAGAGAACAGAGAGAAGGAGAGAGAGAGAACAGAGAGAAGGAGAGAGAGAAGCAGAGAGAAGGAGAGAGAGAACAGAGAGAAGGAGAGAGAAACAGAGAGAAGGAGAGAGAGAAGCAGAGAGAAGGAGAGAGAGAAGCAGAGAGAAGGAGAGAGAGAACAGAGAGAAGGAGAGAGAAACAGAGUUCAUUUCUCCUCAGCUGAAGAACAACACGUCGAGUCUCAGGCAGUCGUGCAGUCAUGAACGAGGUGAAGCUGGUUCUGCUGGGCAGUGAGGGAGCGGGGAAGUCAGCGGUUUUGGUGAGAUUCCUGACCAAGCGCUUCAUUGGAGAAUACGCCUCGAAUACAAGUUCGUUGUACCAGAAAAGGCUCUCCAUCGAUGGCAGACAGUUAAACCUGGAGAUCUUUGAUCCGUGCUCACAGAACAUGGAGAACAUAUGUAUCCUGGAGGAGCCGGUGGACUGGGCAGAUGGCUUCGUGGUGGUGUACACAAUCAACGACCGUGUGUCUUUCCUCUAUGCUGAAAACAUCCUACAUCAAAUCAGAGCGAGGCGCCAAGAGGCGUGUAAAGGAGACGUGGACGUUCCCAUCUGCCUGGUGGGGAAUAAGCAGGACCUGUGUCACAGCCGGCAGGUGAGCGAGGAAGAGGGACGUUCUCUCGCCCUGGAGCACAGGUGCAUUUUUCAGGAAGUGUCUGCUGCUGAGAACUACCUGGACAUUGCUAACCUCUUCACCAGACUCAUACGACACGUCAUGCAGCACAGAUCUGAGCGCCGGCGCUACAGCGGCUCCAAAUCCAUGACCAAGCUCAUCAACAACAUGUUUGGGAAGAGGAGGAAGUCCGUCUGAAGCUCUUCACCACAACAAAAGAACCUUCUAAGUCUUCGCCGUCUGGAAUGUUCUCUAGAACCUGAUGCUUGUAAUGGGAUCUCACCUGAGGAGUGGAACCAGAGAGCUACCGCAAUUCCUCUGCUCCUCAAAAUUUAGAGCUUUAAAUCUUUCUGAAGUUUGUUCCUUUAGGUUCAGGGUUUUAUGCAGAUUCAUACAAGAGACAGAGUAAAAAUACUGAGUAGAUCCCUUAAGGAUGUGAAGAUCCUUUAAUUACCCAACAAAACCCAGGAGAACCACUUUUCUUCCUAAGAGUAGAAACCAAGUCCCAAGAGGUUUAAUAUCAAACUCCUGACAGCUUCUACAUCAAACACACUCGUUCAGAAAUAAGGUUUUUCACAGGUUCUUUAAGAUCACACUGGAUCCUUCAGAUCCAGACAGAGAAUCGUUCAGAUUGUUCAGAGUUCACGUUGAGGAAUAAACACAAGUUUAAACUGAAGGUAAAAAUGAAACUGAAGCAAAACAUUAAUUCAUAAAUUAUUUUCACUUUAUAUCCACUGAACAUAAGGAAUGUUUCUUCGGCUUUACUUCAACUACAGCCUGAGGAUUUACAGAAAUAUUGACAUCACCUGAGAGAACGUCAUCCGACUGGAGGACAGAAGAAUUAAACAAACAAACACAAGACUUUAUUCUGUCACAUCUACAUCACAGAACAGUGACAUUCUUUCUUCACAUAUCCCAACUUUAUAGGUUGUGGUCAGAGCACAGAGUCAGACAUGAUACAGCACCACUGGAGCAGAAAGGGUUAAGGGCCUCCAUCAAGGGCCCAACAGUAGCAGCUCAUCAGUGCUGGGGCUCGAACCCUGAUCACCAACACAGAGUCUUAACCACCGGACCCACCACAGAUAAACACACACCGGCCGCUGAAUCCGGGAGUUUGGAGUUUUACACAGAUCCUUUUUAAUAGUUUUAUAAUCCUGUAAACUUUUCUGUGUUCAGAAUUAAUUGCAAUUUCAUUUAGAAAGCUUCUAAAAUAAACUGAACUCUGUGUUUGUAAAGUUUAAUAAAAUCGUUUGUAUGAUAAAAAUAAUUAAAUAACUGAUCUGUAAUCUGCAGUGAUUGUUGGUGAUUAAUAUUUAACCCUUGAACCCUAUUCUGGUCUUUAUCUCUCACCCAGGUUAAUGUUUCCACCUGAAGUUAUUCUGUGUCAGUGCUGAAGCAGCUGGUUAUAUAAUGCACUACAAUGUGCAAUGUUUUAUAUUCCAGGUUCAUCAAUACAGUUUCAUACAGUAAUUACACUCACUCGGUUUCUACCGCUUAUCCGAACUUCUCGGGUCACGGGGAGCCUGUGCCUAUCUCAGGCAUCGAGGCAGGAUACACCCUGGACAGCGUGCCAACCCAUCACAGGGCGCACACACAC